UGUCUACUCUCUGGACCAUUCGACAUGAAAAAGGAGAAGAGAAAACAGAAGAGUGUCGAGCCAACUAUAUUAUCACACAUUCCUUAUCAGUAUUUACUUGUCGCAUUAUUCGCAAGCAUCGUGUACCGGAUCACGUUGAACGCAGAUUUUGUGUAUGACGAUCGACCCGCAAUUCUCACGAACGACGAUGUUCUCGGCCGGACGCCAUGGCGCUCACUUAUCGUUCACAACGACUUUUGGGGUAAUCCGAUCGGUUUACAAGGAUCCCAUAAAAGCUAUCGCCCAUUGAUCACCGCCUCGUUUCGCCUUCAAUUUGCCGUUCAUGGAUUGAAAGCCGAAUUAUUUCAUGGGGUCAAUUUGAUAUGCCAUAUGAUCAAUUCCAUGUUGGUGUUGAAACUCGCCAGGCAGAUGAGGAUAAUGGGAAAUGAAUUCUCCCUCCUCUCCGCUCUAAUCUUUGCUUGCCACCCAAUAACUUCCGAAGCAGUUUGCUCAAUUGUCGGUAGAGCAGACUUGCUGAGCACAAUGCUAAUUUUACUGGCAAUCACAUGUCAUACCUCGGAUCCAAGUACCUUCCGAACAAUUGUGCUGUCAAUAUUGGCAGUAACAGCUAAAGAAACUGGAAUUAUCUUGCUGCCGCUGAUAACUCUCUACGAUGUUUUGUUCAAGACCUCCAACACCAAACAAUUCCGCCGUGACGUCACUGCCUACCUCAUAUCCCUUCUUGCUCUCUGCUACCUUCGACUAUCAAUUAACAAUUUCCAAUCCCCAAAGUUUUCCAAAAAUGACAAUCCAAUUGCUCACGAGCCGAACAGUCUCACGAGAGCCUUGACAUUCAUGUAUCUGCCGGUUUUCCACCUAAACCUCAUAGUUUUUCCAAAAACUUUGUCCUAUGACUGGUCGAUGGACGCAAUUCCAAAAGUCGAAUCGCUAAUUGAUUCGCGGAUUAUUUUGACGUUUAUUGUGAUUGGAGUCGGAGAACACGUUCUAUUAAAACUGCUGUUGGGACUCAGAAAUUCUGAAAAUUCUCAUGAAAAUCGAUCCUUACUAUUCCUAUUUGCUCUCUUCACAACUCCUCAUAUUUUAUCUUCGAAUCUUUUGACUCAUGUUGGAUUUGUGGCUGCCGAGAGAAUACUGUACCUGAAUACGGUAGCCUACUGUAUUUUAGCAGCGUUUCUGGCAGAAAUGUGCAGUAAGAGAUCCAGUCCAAAAUCCGUCUUACCAUUAUAUAUACUACUUCUCUCACUGUUCACAAUUAGAACCAUGCAACGUGUGGACGACUGGAAAACUGAAGAAUCCUUAUUCAAAAGUGCUCUUGAAGUUAAUCCAACCAAGGCAAAUAUGAACUUGGGAUACGUUUACACUACGCAGAAAAAAUAUGAAUUGGCAAAAUAUCAUUAUCGGCAAGCACUGAAGAGACAGGGAAAUCUAGCCGAUGCCUGGUACAAUUUGGGAAUCCUAACUAGCAAGACUUCCAACAACUCCAAUGGCUCUAUACACUGCUAUCAAAUGGCUCUUCAAUCUCGUUCAACCUAUGCAGCUGCUCAUCUCAACUUGGCUCUGCUUCUUCACGACGCAGGCCACCACAUGGCAGCGUUCUCCCAUCUCGACAAGUGCCUGAACAACACCGGAGAAUUUCUGAAAUUCUAUCAUGUCAACCGAAAAACUCAAGCGACAUGCGCCUUUAACAAAGGCCGACUACUACAAAAGUCUGGAAACUUCCACGUGGCAAUUGAGAACUUCGAGUUGGCGCUGAAGCUUGGCGGGCCACAUUUCGAGCACACUCCGAGUGUUCUGAAUUCAAUGGGUACUUGUUACAAUGAGCUCGGCGAUGAGCAAUCGGCGGAGAAGUUUUUCGGCAAGGCGAUCGGCGAGAAUCAUGUCAACUCGUAUUUGACAAUGGCGCAUUUGAAAAUUCGGCAGAAUAGAAGCUUCGAGGUGGAGAAUUUGCUUCGAAAAGCGAUGACACUUGCUCCGGAAUCUGUGACAGUGCUUCAGAAUAUUGCAUUAGCCGAGUUUCAUAUGCAAAACUACAAUCGCUCGUUGCUCUUCUAUCGAAAAGCUCUCCAUCUGGAUCCAACUCAUCUCGACUCUCUGCAAGGAAUCGCGAAUCUUCUGCAACAAACUCAGAACCACGUGGAAUCUGAAACUUUCUACAGAAAAGUGAUGGAAGCUCAACCGAAUUCGUAUGCGGCUCACGCCAACUACGGAGCAAUUCUUCAUCUUAAUCAGAAGUACGAUUUGGCUCUGAAAGAAUACGAAAUCGCACUGAUCUUGGAUCCAACGAGUGACGUGGCACGAGAAAAUCGCAAGAAAGUGAUUCGGAUCUUACGGAGGAAAAGAAAUUUGUAAUUAAUAUUAAAUAACUAUUUUAAAAUCGGUGACUACUUACGGGUUAGAAUCUACUGAAAACUACGUGUAUUUGAAAUAAACUAUUCCAAAUUUAAUUCCAUAAUCAAUUUAUUAU